AUGACAGAAGAGGAAGACGUUUCAUCAACUGCAAAACGUCGUCGUAUAUUUACAUCUCAUUAUAAUUUUUACGAUAUCGAUGUAAUCGAUAAUUUAUAUUCGUUCGAUAUUAAGGAACACUUAAACAAGAAUAAUUUAUUUAAUAAUAAUAUAUUAAAUUAUAUUGAACAUAAUUCAAAUCAAUUUUUAUCAUAUUCUAAAUUAAAUGAAAAAGAAAUUCGUGAAGAAUUUGAUCAUUUAAUUUUUAAUUUAUUAAAUACAUUGAAUAAUAAUACAUCACUGAAAUAUUUAAAUACAUCUUCUUCAUAUUAUUUAGAAGAUAAAUUUAAUCCUGAUUGUACAUUUAUAUAUAAAAAUAUAAAUAUUAAAAUUAAUAAAGAAGAUUCAUUUUUACAAGAUUUUGUUGUUUGUCUUGGUAAUUUAAAAUCUCCAAAUGUUUCUUUAUCAGAAGAUUCAAUAAUUGAAGAAAUAUUACAAUAUUUGAAAAUUAUAUUGACAGUUCAAUGUCGUCGAAUCAUAUUUGGUUUUCUUAGUAAUUAUACACAUAUCAAAUUUUUUGGUGUACAAAAGAACUUUGAUUUGAAUUCAUAUGAAUAUUUUCAAAGUCAAGAAUUAGAAAUGUUUAACUAUUUGUCUGAAACAUUAUCGUCUAUUGAUACGUCAACAAUAACUGAAAAUAAAAGAAAAUUAGGUGUUAAUAAAGAUACAUGGAAAAUUUUUAUACAGUUUUUAACAAUGAAUUUUUGGAAUUAUUAUUAUAAUGUAUUAGAAAUAGAUCCUAAUGAUGAUUUACUUGGUGAUCAAUAUAUGAUAACAAAAAAAUUAGUAAAUGGUUACAACUCAAUGGUUUAUUUAUUAGAAAAAAUUGAAGAUAACCAUUCAACUGAAGAUUCUCCACAUUAUGUAAUGAAAAUAUUAAAAACACAUACUGAUUCAGAAUAUUUAUUAAAUGAAGUUAGAAUAACAAAAAUAUUAAAAAGAUUUAAUAAUUCAAACAAAUUUCAUUUAUUUUUUCAAAAUAUUAUUGAUCGACCAUCUUCAAUUAAUUAUUUAUUAUAUGAAAAAGAAUUACAAUGUAUAGAAUCAUUAUCAUUAAUACAAGCAAAACAACUUAUUGAUAUAAUUCAUUAUCUAUAUGAUUGUCGUAUUAUUCAUCGUGACGUACGUCCACAAAAUUUAAUGUUAGAUCGUGAUACUAAUCAUAUAAAAUUAACUGAUUUUGGUUAUGCCAUUGCAUGCAAUAUGAAUAACAAAGGACGCAGAAUAAGAAUUGUAGGUCCUCUUACAUAUGCUACUCAAUCAUUUUUAGAUGUUAAAUUAAAAAUUUUAACUCGAGAGUUGCCCAAAGAUUAUUAUUAUUGUUAUGAACCAAAUUUUGAUUUAAUAUCUGCAUUAAAUAUUAUAAUGACGGUGACUAAUGCUGAUAUCAAACGAAAAAUUGAUUCAAUUGAUAUAUU